GACAACUUUAGGUGGACCAGGCACACAACUUGUUGCAUUGACAGAGCAUUUAGCCAUAAAAUUAGUGUUUUCUGUAUGCAGAUCGUUUCUAGCUUGGACCUGAAAAGAUGAACAAGGUGGUUUUGGUGACGGGAGCAAAUAGUGGCAUUGGCCUGGCCCUGUGUGAGCGCCUCCUCUCACAGGACACAGAGGGCCUGCAGCUGUGCCUGGCCUGCAGGAACAUGCGCAGGGCUCAGGCUGCCCGCUCUGCCCUCCUCACUUCUCACCCUGCAGCCCAGGUGGCCCUGCUGCAGAUGGACACCAGCAGCAUCUCCUCAGUCAUCACUGCUGCACAGGAGGUCAAACUCAGGUAUAACCGACUGGACUACCUCUACCUCAACGCAGGCAUCAUGCCAAACCCACAGUUUGAUGUAGAAGCCUUUUUCAAAGGCCUUUUCUCCAGCAAUGUCAUCACCAUGUUUGCCACUGGCGAAGGGAUUCUGCAGCAGAAGGACUGUGUCAACGCUGAUGGCCUGCGAGAAGUUUUCGCGACCAACCUCUUUGGUCACUUCCUACUAGCUGUGGCCUUCUCCUCUGUUAUGGCCCAGAUCAGGGAGCUGGAACCAGUUCUGUGCCAUGCAGGCCGGACCUCCCAGCUGAUCUGGACCUCCUCCAGCAAUGCUCACCGCUCAGCUUUUAACCUUGACGACAUACAGCACCAGAGAGGCACCCAACCUUACAGCUCCUCCAAAUAUGCCUCCGACCUGCUCAGCCUGGCGCUCAACACACACUUCAACAAGCAGGGUUUGUACUCAUCCGUCAUUUGUCCUGGUUUUGUGAUGACCAAUCUGACAUUCGGUAUCCUGCCCUCCUUCCCAGCCUUCCUCUGGAGCCUGCUCAUGCCUGUCUUUUGGCUUAUAAGACUGUUCACCAACACUUUCACCCUAACACCUUAUAACGGAGCUGAAGCUCUGUUUUGGCUAUUUAAGCAAAAGCCUGAAUUAUUGGACCCUCAAGCCAAGUACCACAGCUUAACAUCUGGGCUGGGCAACAACUACACACAACCACGUAAGAUGGAUAUCGAUUUGGAAACAUCAGAGGCUCUGUAUGAGAGGUUACUGCAACUAGAAAGUGAAGUGAGGGAGAAACUGAAGGAAAAACAAAAAGAAUCCCAGCAUGCUCACAGUCCUGCAGGACCUGGGUCAUCUUGAUGCAUAUCAGACAAUUCUGAGAUGGAGAGUAUUUUAUUCCUGUCUCACAGGUCAGCUGGGAGCGGUGUGCACAUACUGGCUGUCAGACCUGUCA